UAAGUUGCAAUCCAAUGGUACCUUGGUAACAAACUUUUAAUCUGAGCUGUGCAACUAAAGAUGGGGCUAACAGGAUCUCGCACGCGACCCAUCACUGCUCCGAUAAAUGAAGAUGCUGAGGUGGGAACUCGCGUCGUUCUUAUCACAGGUUGUUCCACUGGAAUUGGACUCUCGACAGCCGUCAUUCUUGCUGAAGAUGUGAAGCGAUUUAAGGUUUAUGCUACCAUGCGUAACCUUGAAAAGAAGUCUGAGCUAGAAAAUGCAGUUGGAAAACAUCUUGGCGAGUCGUUGAUAAUUAAAGCCUUGGAUGUUCGCAAUGAAGAAGAAGUGAACAGAUUAGUGAAAGAGAUCGAGAUGGAAGAGGGAAGGAUUGAUGUGCUGGGUGAGUGAUUCGAUUUCAACAGGUCAUAAAACCUUAACAUAAAUGAACAAAAACGAUGGAAUUUUGAUUUUAUACAGCUGAAAAAAAAAUAGCUGAACUUUAAGUCAGCUGAAGAUAGUUCUAGGGGUUUUAUGUAAGAUCGCAAUCGUGAAAAGGAGAGUGAUUCGGUGACAUGUUUUCAGUAAAGGAGUCAAUCAUAUUUUGAAACAGAUUGAGAACUGAUCAGUGUUUGAUCAACCAUCAAUUUGAAGAAUGUAACAACAAACCGCAAAUGAUAACGCAAGCCGUAAACAUAUCAAAGACCCCCUGAUUAGUCCAACAAUGCAAGUGGAUUCGCUCCUUUUUUGUUGUUGUUUAGUUCUCCUUCUUCCAUUUUUUUAAUCUGUAAGAGGUGCACGGCUGUGUGUUUAUGUGCUUUUUUCGUGACUUUUCCAUUAUUAUUUAUUUAUUUUAUUAAACAAACGAUACAACUAAUUAACUGACCCCGGUUGAUAAAAAGUUAUAUUGCCUUAGCCACCUAAUAAAUCCGUAUCCAGCAGAUAACUAUUAGAGGAAAUAAUUGCGUGACUGAAUGGAGAUUUAGCCGGUGAAUGCAAGAGGCGAUUCCCCGGAGCUUUCAUAUCUGCCAUAAAGUAGAGUCAACCCUUUCCCGUUUUAAUCUAUUUUUAGAACUAUAAUUUCCCAGGGAAAAAGACUGUUUCCACGGACGUCCGUCCAUCUUUUGAACAACUGCAGCCUGGAAGCUAUUUCAAUUGUGCUCCUGUCUCGGUACCACCAUAAAUAAUGUUACAUACCUACCGAAAGCAAAUAGUUUUAGCUCCUGAUCCAGCGCCAAGGUCUUUCCAUCCUCUCCUAUUCUAGCUUGCUUAAUAGGCGCUUUAUGAGUCACGCGAGACGAACGCGGCAUUUUGCGCGAAGCAAGUGCGAAGCGUACUCUUUCCCUCGUCUCGCGCUUCGCACUCGUUUCGCACUUCGCGCAAAAUGCCGCGUUCGCCUCGCUUGGCUCAUAAAGCGCCUGUUAUGCAGGCUACUCCUAUUCUAACCCAUCACGACAAUAGUUGCCGUGUAAAAGAUAGGGGUCGCGUAAAUUUGAGAUCGCAACGUAUUAUUAUCCCGCCAGCUGGCUAUUUUACUAAAGAUAUGUUACAAAACAACUUACAAAGAUUUGAUUUUUCUUUUACCUUAUUAGUAAACAAUGCUGGUCAAGGCCUGGUGAGUGUUUUCGAAUGUAUACCAAUUGAGACGGCGCAACAUGUGUUUGAUACCAACUAUUUUGGUGUAAUGCGCAUGCUCAAGGCGGUAUUGCCAGGAAUGAAAGCGAGGCGGAAGGGCCACAUUAUCAAUAUAAGCAGUGUGAUUGGUGUAAAUGGAACGCCUUUUUCUGAAGUAUACAGCGCCUCCAAGUUCGCUUUGGAAGGUUUAACAGAGAGCCUUGCACCGACCUUGAGAAAAUUUGAUAUCAGGUAAAGAACUAAAGUUUCACGCUAUUCUGACUUUAAAAGGACAGCAACAACGACAAACUUAUACAUUUUUUUCUUAUGUCAGUGCGCGGCCAAGACUACUUGUUAACAAAGUCUAUAUAUGUGUACUUUCUCAUAUCAGUUUAAGAGUGGAGGACUGAACAGACGCGCGUUGUCAUUUUUUAAAGCGAAAAUGAGAAUAGCAACGACAACGACAAGAAGAAGGGUAAAAAAGGAAAAAAAUGCAUGAAAAUGCGCUUAGCAGAGGAGUAAAAUAUUUUUUUAGGGUUAACUUGAAGGCAAAUUGGGCACGGUAAGGAAUCCAGAUAUUCAAAUAUCGACGUUGAAUUCUUAGGGCAAAUAAUCGUCGCCUCUUUACGGCGCCAUGAAAUGUAGCCUGUAAGAACAGCGGCCUCUCAUCACCCCCCUGAGCUAUAGACGUUUCCUUUGGAAGCUACGAGAGGGAGCUGUGUUUGCCGGCUACAUAAAAUACCUGCAGAUGAACUAGCUCUCUGUUUGGAAUAUAUCGUGAGAGUCACGCGGCAGUAGUACACGAGCUACCUCUCGCUCGCGCUUUCUCUCCCGCCUUGCCUCGCUCACCACUCGAAAUGGAGAGCUACCAUAGCCUACAGGCUAGUCAGACCAGUACUGAAGAUUUUCUGUUGAAUUAUAGGUGUUCCUUAAUUGAGCCUGGGCCAGUGACGACUUCUUUUACCCAGAAUGCAAAGUUUUUGAGAGAAGGCAUUGAUAUUUCGAGCGCUGAUGAGAAAACCCAGCAACUGCUGAAGGCAGCUUUAAAAGAAAUGUAUAGCAAUGUACAAACGCAAAGCCAGACACCUGAAGAGGUAGCUUCUAUCAUUAAAAGUGUCAUACUAAGUGCCAACCCGCACCUGAGAUAUCAGACAAACAGCAAAUACGGACCAGGCGAAAUACAAGCUAAGCUGUCUGAUCUGACUGGAGACAAAGCCAUUCAACUGAUGGAAAGGCGUUUCUUUCCGGAUGUACAAAAUUAACGAUUACGGUUGAAUAGUAGCUAGAGAAAAAAAAUGAGUCACUUUGCAAUAACUUUCGGUGUCUUUAUUUUAACAUAAUUAUGUUAGCAUGACAUGAGUUAAGCUAGUUUAUCUGGGCUGUCUUUCAUAUAAGUCUGUAAGAUUAUUAUCUGUCCGUUAUAAUUCAUUUUACGCGAAUUAAUAUACAAGGAUCGCAGCAUCUGAGAACGAAGUUGUCCCACAUAUCUUACGGAUGUCCAUGUUUUCUGGAGAAAAAAGGUUCUACUUCGUAUAUAGCUUUUUAAAGAAAAUCCCCCUACAGUAAAGAAAUCAACUUAAAUAAGAGAUGGUUACCAUAAUUUAUGAAAUACAAUACUAAAAGGCUUUGUUGUGUAGAAAACUCAACAGCUAAAACUGAUUAUAAAAUUGAUUACUUUGCACAUUAACUGGAGAGCCAUAAUAUAUCAGCCUCUUCCCUCCUUCAGCCUCUUCAAUAAAAUAAAGGCUUUAAAUAAAUAGACCAGGGUGUGUAUUGGUCAGUGUUGAAACGACUAAAUACUCUACUGAAGAAACUCAACCUUGCACUUUCAGCUAUUCCUUCAGGCCAAAGGGUUACGGCGUAAUAUAGGCCUGAUCUAUCAUGGGUUAAGCCUACACAAUAAUCAGCACACUGUUCAACACACCGUGAAAAGCCCAGCUUUUCCACCCAACUGCAAGGUGAAAACUAAGUGUGAUGGACAGGCGUUCCUGCACUUACUGAAGUCUGUUAUUUCCUUCUUCCUUUUGCUUGAAAAACCAUUGCUCCUUUUGACAGUAGACAAACACGGCGAAGACAACUAGAAUAUAAGCAAUAGGUACAAUAAGAAUUCGAAUUUGCACUUCCAUCACACUUUUUGGUACAAAGAAGUAGGCUUCCGUCGGUCAGCGACCAUGGAUGAUGCAUCCUAGUUAAUCGACCUGGUUGUCUGCUCGGCUGGAGCAGCGUCUUUUGUGGCUAUCGUGACCAGUUGACGUGGUAUUGACAGUAGGCUGCGUGGCUGGCGGGAUUGUCAUAUCUGAUGUACUUUCUUGGAGGCGGAGCCAUCACGCGAAGUAAGUUGAGGAGCCGUGAGGAAUUUUCGUCACCACAUACCUACAGCCAAUCGCCCCCUUCAUCCCUUCAUGUNCCUCUUCCCUCCUUCAGCCUCUUCAAUAAAAUAAAGGCUUUAAAUAAAUAGACCAGGGUGUGUAUUGGUCAGUGUUGAAACGACUAAAUACUCUACUGAAGAAACUCAACCUUGCACUUUCAGCUAUUCCUUCAGGCCAAAGGGUUACGGCGUAAUAUAGGCCUGAUCUAUCAUGGGUUAAGCCUACACAAUAAUCAGCACACUGUUCAACACACCGUGAAAAGCCCAGCUUUUCCACCCAACUGCAAGGUGAAAACUAAGUGUGAUGGACAGGCGUUCCUGCACUUACUGAAGUCUGUUAUUUCCUUCUUCCUUUUGCUUGAAAAACCAUUGCUCCUUUUGACAGUAGACAAACACGGCGAAGACAACUAGAAUAUAAGCAAUAGGUACAAUAAGAAUUCGAAUUUGCACUUCCAUCACACUUUUUGGUACAAAGAAGUAGGCUUCCGUCGGUCAGCGACCAUGGAUGAUGCAUCCUAGUUAAUCGACCUGGUUGUCUGCUCGGCUGGAGCAGCGUCUUUUGUGGCUAUCGUGACCAGUUGACGUGGUAUUGACAGUAGGCUGCGUGGCUGGCGGGAUUGUCAUAUCUGAUGUACUUUCUUGGAGGCGGAGCCAUCACGCGAAGUAAGUUGAGGAGCCGUGAGGAAUUUUCGUCACCACAUACCUACAGCCAAUCGCCCCCUUCAUCCCUUCAUGUGGUGUACAUGGAUCCUAUAAUGUAAUGCACUUUUGGAGGACAUCCGAUCUUUGACAGGAUCUUGAAAGAGCCCUCUCUGUAGACCUGGUCGAAGGUCUUAGUGAGGUCAAUGUGAACGACGCACAUGAACAUGUGUUGUUCCUUGCGCUUCUUCUGAAGUUGAAAAGAUCCUGCCUACCUUUGGCUACUCAGUUGGGAAGCCAUACUGUGACUCGGGAUAGACACGUUCUACCAGCUUCUGAAAGCGGAUCAAGAUGAAGAAAGACUUUGGCGACAAUCCUCAGGGGGGAGAUCUCAUUGUAGUUUUCGCAGUCAUUUGAAUCGUGUUUUUUUUGUAGGGGGUUAUGACAGAUCGUGCAUGGUGUCCAUUAUAUCCCGCGAUACUUCACCCUCCUGCCAGCAUUGGCACAUGAUCUCAUACAAGGCGAGAAAGAGAGUAGUAUUGCAAUACUUCACUGAGACUAGGAAACCAGUCGUUGUCUAGGGUCUUGCCUGAAGCCAAACUGUCAACAGCUUUGCUUAGCUCCUCUACUGUCGGCUCUGCGUCUAGCUCAUCCAUGAUAGGCAGGCAUACGCUGGAGUCGCGCGAGAGCUGAUGGGGAAACAGAAUUCUGUCUGGAGAAGAGGUCGGAGUACUGUUCCACCCAUCUCUCUAGCUGCUGAACUUUUGUCCGUUAUAACUUCCCCACUGGUGCAUUUAUGUUGGUGCAUUGUUCUGAGCUGGUCCUAGUGCCUUCUUGAUGCCAUCGUACAUUCCUCUAAUAUUUCCUGUAACGGUAGUAGUCUGGAUGCUCUUGCUGAGCUUCGUCCAGUACUCGCUAGUGCAGCACCUGGCAGUCUGUUGCAUGGACCUUGCUCCUGGCGGCCGUGA